UCUCCUCCUUCCAACCAGAUUUCCCAGUUCCACUCUUUUGUGAAAUAUAUAUAAACAUUCGACUAUAAUUAUUUAGGAUGUUCCACAAGUUAUUUGCAAAACGACAAGGUCGUUUUAGUGACAUGGCGCGGAAGAGUUCCGGAGUCGGCGAGCUGAAGCCUAUGCUUCACUUGCUACUUGCACUCUGCGUCCAUUGGAUCGCCGAGGAAAUGACGGUUUCCGUUCUUGUUGACGUCAUUACCGCCGCCCUCUGUCCCCAAGAGUCAACCUGCACCGAAGCUAUUUAUAUUAGCGGUCUUCAACAAACGAUUGUUGGAGUUUUCAAGAUGGUGGUACUUCCACUUUUAGGUCAGCUUGCAGAUGAGUAUGGGCGUAAGCCAAUGCUCCUUCUCACUAUAUCUACUUCCAUAUUCCCUUUUGCUAUACUUGUCUGGAAUCAGUCUAAGGGAUUUGUAUAUGCUUACUAUGUUCUUCGUACAAUAUCAUACAUUUUAAGUCAAGGGAGUAUUUUCUGCAUUGCUGUUGCUUAUGCGGCAGAUGUUGUUGAUAUCAGUAAGAGGGCUGCAGCUUUUAGUUGGAUUACAGGUAUUUCUUCUGCUUCGCACGUCUUGGGAAAUCUACUCGCGCUUUUUCUUCCCGAAAAGUACAUUUUUCCGGUUUCAAUCGCGCUCUUGAUUUUUUGUCCAAUUUACAUGCAAUUCUUUUUGGUUGAGACAGUUACAUUGGCUCCCCAGAGGGACCAAGACUCAGCUUGCUUGUCUAAGAUAAUUAAGGUUCUCCAUAACCGAUACAAAUCAAUGAAAGAUGCUGUAACAAUUGUUAUUAGCAGUCCGACACUAAGGGGCAUUUCUCUUGUUUCCUUCUUCUAUGAGUUGGGAAUGUCUGGCAUUACAGGUGUCUUAAUGUACUAUCUGAAGGCUGUUUUUGGUUUUAACAAAAAUCAAUUUGCAGAAAUUUUGUUGAUGGUUGAAGCAGGUUCAAUUUUUUCUCAGAUGUUGGUGCUUCCACUAUUCAACCCAUUGGUUGGAGAGAAAGUGAUAUUGUGCACAGCUUUACUUGCAUCCAUAGCUUAUGCAUUAUUCAAUGGCCUUGCUUGGGCUGCAUGGGUACCAUUCCUGGGUUCCUCAUUUAAAAUUGUUGUUGUUCUUGUAAAACCUUCUACAUAUGCUAUCAUUUCAAAAGCAUCAAGCUCAAACAAUCAGGGAAAAUCACAGGGAUUUAUCGCUGGUGUGGAAGCAAUAGCAAGUUUUUUAUCACCACUUGCAAUGAGUCCAUUGACUUCAUGGUUCCUAUCUACUAGUGCUCCAUUCAACUGCAAAGGUUUCAGCAUAAUCUGUGCAUCCAUAUGUAUGGUUAUUGCAUUAUGUUAUGCUUGCUUCCUUAAACUUGAUACACCCUCAAGUCAUGACUCUGAGGAUGAUGAUGUUGAAGCACCACUUCUAGGUGAUGGAUAGCUAAUCACUUGAUUGUAAGUCCCAUGUAAAAUUUCUUCUUGGUGGAUGAUGUAAAUAUGUGGGGUGCCUUGAGUAAUCUUGUAAAAAUGUUAGUGCAAAUAAAAUUUGAGUAUUCAUUUUUCCUUUACAAAUC